UAUCUCCAGAGAGGGAGAAUCCAAUGACUUCCCUGGGCAGCCUGUUCCAGUGCUCUGUCACCCUCAACCUAAUUAAGCUCCUUCUCAAGCUGAGGUGGAACUCAUUAUCUUUUAGUUUAUGGCCAUUACUCUUCGUUCUGUCACUGAGCACCACUGAGAAGUGCCUGGGACCAUCCUCUUGGCACCCGCCUUUGAGCGCCGGAUCUGGGACCGAGGGCCCUCAGCGGCGCGUCAUGGUAGUGAGGAUCACCAGCCCCUUCGCCUGGCUCCGCACCCGCUUCUACUACCUGCUCAUCCGCCUCUACUUCGACCAGGAAUUCAGCAUCGAAGAAUUCACGCGGGGAGCCAAGCAGGCCUUUUCUGUUGUUUCAAAGCUGCUGUCUCAACGUAAACUUGACCUGCUGGAAGAACUUGUAUCAGCAGAGGUACUUCAGGUGCUGAAGGAAAAGAUUUCUUUGCUCCCUGACAGCCACAGGGAUGCUUUAGCAGCUGACAUUGAUGCAAUCAUGUACACAACAGAAGGAGAUGUUCGCAUUUACUAUGAUGAUGAUGGAAGAAAGUUUGUUAGCAUCCUGAUGUGCUUCUGGUAUCUAAAUGGUGCUAAUCUACCUGAUGAAGUACCAGGUGAAGCCAAAGUCUUCCAGAUUGUGUUUGGAGAUGAAAACACAAAAGAAAAGAAGCAUCUUUUAACCGCAAACUAUGAGUUCCAAAGGGAGUUUACAGAAGGAGCAAAACCAGACUGGACUAUUACACGGAUUGAACAUCCAAGGCUAUUAGAAUAAAUGCCUUCUUACAGCCUUUUUAUGUACCACUGUAAUUGUUUUGAUGUAACAAAUGCCAGGCUUUUUGGGGUCUUUUUUUCCCUUCCUGCCCUUUCCUCCAAAAGAGGGAUGAAUUUUCUAUGUAUGAUUUCCAUAAAUUCUUUCUGAAGCUUGCACUGUGCUGCAUGGUUACAGCAAAGCCUUUUCCCUGGAACAGGCUGGUAGAAAUUUAAUUUGUUCCAGUGCUCAUCCAAGGCGUUUAGACAGCACAGUUUCAUUCAGGCAGAUGCAAUGGAUAUGUCAAUUUCUUACAUUCUGACAAGAAAUGGUACUAUUUGAAAAUAAACAACACUUAAUGAGUGAUGGCCCUUCUAA